AUUUUAUUCAAGCAUCGAAAUAAACAAUCCGCCAUAGUUGAUUUCGUUAGCGUCAUUUUCGUAGUGCAGAGUAAUGCCUCGCCAAAGAAAGGUUCCUGCAAGGUUUAGAGGUUAGAGAUACAUUUCCUUGCAAUGAAGUUAUCUUCUUGUAGACUUUCUAUAUACAUACAUUUUAUUUAGGGGUUUUAGUUUUAAACUCAGCCAUAAGUAAGCUUAAACUAAAGUCAAAAGGUUCAAUUCCUCUUCUUACUUCUUUAUCCAUGUUUAAGCGUUCAUGGAGUAAACUUAAAAAUUUAGGGAAACUUCUUCCUCGCAGAUGGUGCUAAUCCCGAUGAAAUAGAGGCUGAAGGAGAAAGCAGUGGAUCUAACCCAGAGAGUCCUCAAAAGAAACAGGGAAAGGAGAGCUCUGGCCCAUCAGAUUUAGCCAGCCCUGUUACAUCGAUGCAACACUUUGGUGUACCUCCUGCCUUUAUCACAGAAUCAAAUACACAUCCUACAGAGGUAUUGUUUGUCUAUAAAUUCAAUAUGAAUACACUUGUUAUGUUAGUCUGGAAUUGGUUACUCGUAGUAUGAGCUUAAAUUUUGUUACUUAAACAAGCAAUUUAGAGCAUUUGGGGUGAAGAAUAUAUAAGUUCUAGCAUUUUAUGACAAACCAUACGAGCAGACAAUAUUAACUGAAUUCUAGUCGGCUACCAUAGGGUUGAGAUUAAGAGAAAAAGGGGUAGGGGUCAGCUAAAUAGUUCAGUGUUUGUUGAGUUUUGUUUUUGUUUGUUUUUCCUUUUUUAUUUGUUUUUGUUAAGUUUUGUUUUUUUAUUUAAUUAGGAGAAAAAAAUAAGUUGUCUGGCAUCAAAUUAGGUUUUUACUGUAUUCUUACAACAAUUCAUUACCUCCUUAGACCACUUUGGAAAUAAACAGACCAAGCCAUGAAAUUGAUCCAGUGUAUCCAUGUGGCAUUUGUAAAAGGGAAGUAAAUGAUAAUGACGACGCCAUAUUCUGUGAGACAGGCUGCGUACAAUGGUAUCAUCGUGUCUGCACAGGCUUGACUGAACUAGCUUAUGACUUGCUAACUGCUGAGGAGAAUGCAGAGUGGGUCUGUGACAACUGUAUUGCAACCAAAAGUGUUCCAUUGGUUAAGUUGAAGAGUUAACUAUCAUGUCCUGUUCAUUACCAAUAUAGUUGAUAUAUUAAGUUUAAGCAAACAUGAAUUUUUUAGCAUUUAUGAAUCAAUUUUCAUGUUUACUUGUUUGAAAAUUAACAUACUAGUUAAAAGAUAUGUAAUUUUAUGAGACCUUUUGGGCUUCAUGGAUGAAAAAGAGAGAUGUUUUCAGUUGGUAGGUGUUCAAUAACAUCUUUGGAACACAAGUUCUUUGAGAAACAUUCAUGUUAAGCAUGUGUUAUUUCUCUUACACAAUAACAAUCCUGAUGGUAUGCCUGAAAAAAUAAGCAUGUAAGAUUUGCUCUACACUGGUUUUCAGAAACAGCUUUCCUUUUUGUCUUUGUUGGAAAUAAAUUUCCAAAAAUGUGUUGGAAACCUCUUGGGUAGUAGUAUUUCUCCAAAGAAAUGAUAGACUGUGCAGUUGAGGAAAAUUAAACCCUAAUGAUGUUAUUCAAGGUGGUUUUGUAUGGUAUUUGUACAAAUUUAACUACAGAUGAAGAAAAUUAGCACUUCUCUGUGAAUUUUUUCCCAAGAUAUUAUUGAUAGUCUAUGAAAUUACUUGAAUUUCUCUAUUUGUGUACAAGGAACAAGAGGUGUCUAUGAGUAGCAUAAUACUCUGCAUCUUAUUGGUCAAUAUGUAUUUCUUCAAAAGGUUGUAGAGUGAAAUAGGGGAUGUCUAUAAGGCUUUUAUUAGAAGUUGAGCCUUUAACUUAAAGAGAAUUCAAUCUCACCACAAAGGAAAAAUUUUAGAUUUGGUUAGACUAAAUACUGUAUUAGUCACUCAUGGUCCCAAGUCAUAAGUGCUCAAGUUCAUGCAGCUCCAUUUAAAAACUUACAAUUUUUCUUCAAUUUAUGUGGUUAAUUGAACUGACUCUUCCUUAUGAUUUUUUGGCCAUGCCAAAGAUAUAGACAGUCUUAACAUGAUUACAAUUAUUACUAAUAUCUAAUGUAAACUGGGAAAUCUGAAAGUUGCAAAUAAGUGAAAAAAGUAUGUACCUAAUAUGCAUGCAUUACCCUGCCCACAUAUAGAUACUCUAACUUGUCAUCAUGUAUGUGUGUAAAUUUUGUAUAUAAAUGCUUUAGAAUGAAAACAGUGAAGACACUUAGUUAACUCAACUUCACUUACAAUGAGUGAACAACCAUGUAUUUGACUUUUAUUUCAUCAGUACUUUUCAGUCCAUUAACAAUAUACACCAAUUUACAAUAAAGUUAUCAUAGAAAAAAGCAAAAGGGAAAAAGCCAAGUAGGAAUUAGUUAGGGUAUUAAAUUAUGUUGUGGCAAUAUUGACACCAAGGGAAUUUUCGCACAAUUUAAGGAUCCUUUAAACUUCUUGAGAAUGUAAGAUAUUUGUGCAGAAAAGUUGAGUGGUUCUUAAAUCUAUGUUGGUGUUUUGGUGAAUGGAAUAACUUAAACUAGAGGAUACUGAAAUACCACUGUGUUCUUGACAUUUAUCUUGGCAUGAUAUUUAGGAAUAUUGACCAGACUCCCACAAACGAUCUUAUUCAUACCAAUUUUCUGAGCUUGUGUACUCCAGAAAAUGGCAAAUUAAACUCGAGUGUUGAAAACACAGUAGUUUGGUAGUAUGCUCAUGUUUGCAUAUUUUGUCAACUGGUAAAACAAAAAAAAUUUGAAAGCACUUGACAUUUCUUAACCAAUAGCUAAUACUCUCAAGGAGCAUGUAAGAAUUGUUAAUGGAGUUUGAAAAUUUCCCAGCUUCCAGGCAUAAAGCCUUAAAUUUAGAUGCUAAUGAAUUCCCUAGUUGCCCUUUCUUUUUUAUCUUUAUUUUUGUAUUGCAAUCAACAUAUCGAGUUUUAUCUUUCUGUAAUUCAAGCCACCUUAACCUAUUUAGAAAUGAAAAAAAUGAAAAAGAGGUUCAGAAAUUCAUUUGAAUUUAUUGCACCAAAUUUAAAAUAAUCAGGAAAAAUUGCGAUCAAUCGAGUAAUUGGUGUUAAAAAAAUAAGUAAACUAUUUUUAGAAACCUUAACACAGGUUUUCUCGGUUACAAAGGUGUGCAAUUUUAGAAUCCACCUACGGCAUCAGGUUUUCCUCAAAUUUGGGUUCAAGACAAAUUUUGGAAGACAACACUCUCUAAAUAGAAUUUUUAACUUUAGCUCAGCAAUUGCUGAGUUUUGAUCGACCCACAUAACAUGGCACUCAUGCAAAGGAAUAUCUACCUUAGCCUUUAAACAAGAACAAACAACAUUUUUUCUUCUUAUUGUGUUUGGUAGAUUUUGUGAUAUAUGUAUCGUUAAUGAAGCAAUUCAGUUAUUGGCAUGUUUUUUAUGUGGACAAGCCAGUGGUACGUGCCAUCUCUGCUGAUGUCUAUCGUGCACUUAGGAAGUGAUUGCUGAUUAUAGAUUCUGGAAUACGCAAAAUUGGAUGGUGCACUAAAUAUGAUUAACACUUUCACCGCAUAAUAAUGAGGAAAAUACCGGUGAUGGCACAAUAAACAUUACAGAGGAUGUAAGGACUCACAUAAGUGGUUAUUUCCAAGAUAAUAAGCAACAUUGAGAAUCAAGUGAUUACCAAGAUACCAGUUACCUGUAUUAAGCAUGACCCUGAAGUUUAUUCAAGUGAGUACUUUCAAUAAAUAAUCUUUUUAGUUUACUUACUUAAAUAUUAUAUACCAACCAGUGUGGCUUAACUAGCCAAUAGCAUUGUGAAGUCCUGAAGCACAAGGGAAUCUGGAAGCUUGAAGCCUAG